GGCUGAAACAUGUGAAAAGACGACCAAGAAGAAGAAGUAGAAGAAGAAACAUUUUUCAAGGGAGAAGGUGGUUCUUGUUUUUCACCGGCGUUGGAGGAGAACCGAGCGGACCGGUUCGGAAGGAAAGUAGUAGCAGAGAGGAAGAGGAGCAGGAGGAGAAGAGGAGCAGGAGGAGAAGAGGAGCAGGAGGAGGAGGAGUCUGUUUUGUUGACAUCGGGACGAAACCGAAAAUCAGAUGAGUUUGGAGAGCCGAUAACACUUUGUUGUGUCCCCUGUCAUCCAGACCUGCAGCCAGGGCGACAGCUGAGGUCCCCUGCACAGCCCGUCUUUAAUCAGAACCAAAGGGGCGGGGCUAACAUGGCAGCCAAAGCAGGAGACGACCCGGACAGCCUCAUGUCUUUGGCGACGGUCUUCUGCCUAAGGAACCUGAGGAAGACCAUGUGUUACCAGGGACCCAGGAGCCGGCUCUGUCUGCGCUCCGACAUCUUCCUCCCCAGUGAGAUCUGUGACAAGCUGGUCAACACGUACAUGGAGCUGGUCCACACAGACAGUCACUUCGAACCAGAGGAGAGCUUCUUCCAGCUCUUUUCAGAUCCUCGCAGCACCCGGCUCACCAGAGUCCAGCUCAGAGAGGAGUUCGUCCGGGACCGGGACCUGGAGGCCAUCCGUAAACAGGACCUGAUCGAGCUCAGUCUCACCUGCUGCAACAGCCUGUCGUCUGUCAGCUUGAAGACUCUCGCCUGUUUCCGUGAGACACUGGUGUCCCUGAGUCUCUUCAGCUGCAGCGACAUCUUCUAUAAGAAGGGCGGAGCUCCGCUUGCCUGUAAUGAGGACACGGAGGACGAGGACGAGGACAGUCCCUCUUCCAGACAGGCGUUAGAGAUGGACUUUAGCUUCCAGGGUUUUAACCGCCUCCGGCUGCUGAACCUCGGGGGCCUGCCCAACAAGGUGGAUGUGGAGACUCUCCUCAGACCCCUCAGAUCGAUCACGUCUCUGGAUCUGUCCAACGUGCACUUACUGGGGACAUCUUUUCUGACCCAGUGGAAGGACAGGCUGGCGUCUCUCGUCCUCUACAACGUGGACCUGUCGGAGGAGCUGAUCAGUACCAUGUUGGAGCUGGUGAACCUCAGACACCUGGAUAUCUCCAGAGAGGGCCGGAAGAGCACCAAGUUUAAGAUGACCCGUAAGAUCCUGACGGCCCUGGUUCAGCGGCUCGUCCACCUGGUGUCCCUGGACCUGUCGGGACAUGUGAUGCUGGACAACUGUACCAUCCCCCACUUUGAGGAGGCUAUGGGACGUCCCAGUGUGGAGCCGUGUAAGAGCAGCAUCGUCCCGCUCCAGGAGCUGAAGAGACCUCUGCAGUUCCUGGGUCUGUACGACACCACGCUCUGUAAUGUGACCCACAUCCCGGCCCACAAGGUGACCGGGUCCAAGAACGAAGACCAGGUUCUGAAUGCUGUAGAGGCCUACAUGGAGUUCCGACCCGAGCUGGCCCACAGAGCCAUCAACCAGCUGUUUGACAUUGCCAGGAUACAGCACUGCAGCCAGCUGCUGAGAGCCCUACAGCUGGUCAUAGCAGCUCUGAAGUGCCACAAGUACGACAAGAGCAUCCAGGUGACGGGCAGUGCUGCCCUCUUCUACCUAACCAACACUGAGUACCGCAACGACCAGAGUGUACGGCUACGCCGCGAGGUCAUCCAGGUGGUACUGAAUGGGAUGGAGCAGUACCAGGAGGUGACGGUCCAGAGGAACUGCUGCCUGACUCUGUGUAACUUCAGCAUCCCCGAGGAGCUGGAGUUUCAGUACAGCCGGGUCAACCAGCUGCUGCUGAAGAUUCUGGAGCCGACCCGGCAGGAUGAGUCCAUCCAGAGGAUCGCUGUCCAUCUAUGCAACGCUCUGGUGUGCCAGGUGGACAACCACCACAAGGAGGCUGUGGGGAAGAUGGGCUUCGUCAGGACUAUGUUGAAUUUAAUCCAAAAGAAGCUGCAGGACCGAACGUGCGACCAGGUGAUGGAGUUCUCCUGGAGUGCUCUGUGGAACAUCACCGACGAGACGCCCGACAACUGUCAGAUGUUCCUGAACUGUCGGGGCAUGAGUCUGUUCCUAGAGUGUCUGCAGG